AUGGAUAAGCAUACAAUUGUGAUUGACAACGGUUCAGGUUACAUGAAAGCCGGAUUGAACGCCUACGAUGAGCCGUCCAUAGUGUUCCCAACCAUAGUGGGCCUCCACCGAAACAGCGAAAUCAAACAAAGCUACGUAGGCGAUGAAGCCAUCUUCCGCGAUUCCGAUCUGUCAUUCUACCGCCCAAUCGACCAUGGACACAUAUCGGAUUGGGACCUGGCCCAAAUUGUCUGGGAAUAUGCCAUCAAAUGUGUCGACAAAAACAGGAGUGUUGAAAGCAUCCUGCUCACAGAGCCACCUUUAUGUUCAACUUCCCAUAGAACAAAAAUGGGAGAAAUUUUUUUUGAGGAUUUUGAUUACAAAAAUAUGAACAUUUCAGUGUCAGGAUUAAUGUCUAUAUAUGCCACGGGGUUAACAACUGGUCUGGUCUUAGAUAUAGGGGAUGGAGUUACUCAGUGCAUUCCCGUCUUUGAUGGGUACAUAGAAAAGAAUUCGAUCAUACGUUCCGAUUUUGGAGGAGAAGAACUAAGCAUGUUUUUGCAAAAAUUAAUUUGUGAUAUUGGAUAUAGUAUGACCACAAGAAAGAAUUUUGAAUACGUUAAAACUAUCAAAGAGACUUUAUGUUUUUGCUCCUUAAAUCCACCAAAGGAUCAACUGAGAGACGAUUUAACUGUCACUUAUACUCUUCCAGAUGGAGAUGUUUUACGGGAUGGAUACGACUCUGUUGAAUUAUCACAUGAACGUUUUUACGUUCCUGAGGCUCUUUUCAAUCCAUCUAUAUGCCAGAGGGAUAGCCUCAGCAUCGUGGACAUUGUGUGGAAGUCCCUUUUAUUGUGUCCCAUUGAAAAUAGGAAAACGCUGACUAGCUAUAUUGUUCUUUCUGGGGGUUCUUCCCUUUUCCCCAACUUAGUGGAACGACUGGAGAGGGAGGUGAAGAAUAAUGCUCCGGAGAGUGCCAGAUCGGCUGUGAAGGUCCACGCGCAUGAAAAUAGAGCUAUUAUGGCCUGGUGUGGAGCACGGAUUUUCUCUCAACCCGAGAUGAGGCAGGCCCAGGAGGGCCUAUGGAUAUCGAAAGAAGAAUACGAGGAAAUCGGAAGUAACAUUUUUUUGAUAAAGGCAACGCUGAAGCUUGCAUAG